AUGAUUUCAAAGAACAUAGCUAGUCUGAUUGACACAUCACGGAGGAUGCUUCUGGCUCACCGGACAUCUCUCUCGCGGGAUCUAGCGAUCGCCUCGCAAGACAGACCAUUGAAGCAGAAGGAAGAACGGCGGAGAGAAAUAUUCAUCUCUGUAUCACAGAUCAGCGAGCAUGCUGCUGACCCUUGCAGAAAGGAUGGUUGCUUAGCUGCUAUAGCUCACUGUCGUGCUCUCGGGAAUUUUAUUAGGGCCGUUAUGGCCACCCCGCUCUUUAUUACCCAAGUGAUGAGAAUGGGUGAUACAGUUGUUCCUUGCCUAGAUCCCCGCGCAUGA